AUGCUUAGAUUGUGCAUGGCAAUAGUAGGCGCGUCCCCUGCCGAGCCCGACAGCCGCAUCUCGAUUGCAUCUGGCCUUUCCACAGUCGCUCACCACCGUCGAACACGUAUCCCAGGCUCCAUUCUGCCCGCAGUAGGCAAUGUGACAAACUGCAGAUGCUGCAGUGUUGCAGGUGUCAGUGAAGGGAUUCGGCCUGUGCUGCCGUGGCACUCGCCGGCGCCACAGAGCAAUUGCAGCGAGUGUUCUUGGGCACAGGUGCAGCCAUUGUGUCAGCUAUCAAACACCAUCGACGGCCAUCAUCUUGUUGAUGUUUUGAUGACAGCAGGCGAGGGAUGA